AACGGCCAAUUUGGACCGAAAAUAGUAUAGAAAGGGGCUUAUGACCCAACGCAAGAGAAAGGUUCAUUUGAGCCGUGCUUUAAAGCUGUGUGAAUGGAGGAUCCGCUCACGUUAUGAAACGUCACCACGCAUGCGCGCUGACGUUGCUGGUCGUAGCAAGCAGCUAUAACUGUCAGUCUCCAGACAGCACAAGGGGCAGUGAGACAAGAAGGUCAUCAUGGUGCUGAACCCUGUCAUUUCCAAGCUUUCUGGUAAACUGGUUGUGCUAGCCAGUGCUUCUCCUAGGAGACUUGAGAUUCUCAGCAAUGCGGGCUUACGCUUUCAGGUGGUACCAUCCUGGUUCAAAGAGACUCUUGACAAGGGGCUUUUCAAAGCACCUCAUGAGUAUGCUGUGGAGACAGCCAGGCAGAAAGCCCUGGAGGUGGCCCGCAGGAUGCCUUUUAAACACCUGAAGACUCCGGAUAUCGUUAUUGGAGCAGACACUAUUGUGACUGUAGAUGGCGUGAUUCUGGAGAAACCUGUGGACAAAGAUGAUGCUUACAGAAUGCUUUCGAGCUUGAGUGGUAAAGAGCACAGUGUCUUCACCGGUGUGGCAAUCAUCCUCUGCCAUGAGAAAGAAAAUGAAGAAGUGGACUACCAGCUGAUUGACUUCUACGAAGAAACAAAAGUGAAGUUUGCGGAUCUUUCGGAAAAUAUGCUGUGGGAGUAUAUCAAUAGCGGUGAACCCAUGGACAAGGCAGGAGGCUAUGGUAUUCAGGCUCUCGGUGGAAUGCUGGUAGAGUACGUCCAUGGAGACUUCCUCAAUGUUGUGGGUUUCCCCCUCAACCACUUUUGCAAGCAGUUGGACCUUAUUUACAACUGCUCUACUUCCUCCUCUGACCAACAAACUGCAACUGUCUGGUUGAACCACAACGACACUCACACUACCUCUAAACUCUCAUUAGAUGAGAGUUCCAGGACAUUGGUCAACAGCCUGUCGAAACAUAAAGGGGAAAAAGGCUCUGGGAAUAAAAAAAUACCACCGAUGACCAGCAGAGAGCAGAUGAAUGAGCUCAAUGUGACGGAGCCUGAGGACAGUGAACCAAAAAAAGAAGACUUUCAGCGAAUCAGGCAUUUAAUGGAUGGAUUUAAAGCCUCAAAGGCGCUGUUUACCGCAUCCAAGAUGUGUGUGUUUGACGUGCUCCACAGUAGGCCGGGGCUGGGUGCAGCACAGGUUGCCCAGGAGAUCAAAGCCUCCGUGAAGGGCACUGAAUGCCUGCUGGAGGCCUGUGUAUCUCUGGGUCUGCUGAAGAGCAAAGAGAGAAUGUACGAGAACACAGAUCUGUCCACAUGCUUUUUGCUGUCGGAUGCUCCUUUUUCGCUGCGGGAUCACAUCCUGCAUUGUAACAACACAGUGUGGCCUAUUUUCUCCCACCUUGAGAGUGGCGUACAGGAGGGAGCCAGCCAACGUGAAAAGGCUUUGGGCCAGACAUCCAAGGAUCAGGAUACUCUCAACAGCAGCCAAGACACCAAACUGAGAUUCAUGAAUGCCAUGCACAGCAUUGCUAAAGUUACAGGGAAAGUUGUAGCAACAGCCUUUGACCUCUCAAGUUUUAAAACUGCCUGCGAUCUUGGAGGAUGCACUGGGGCCAUGGCCUACGAGUUCACUAAAGCCCAUGCUGGAUUGUCUGUGACAGUUUUUGACAUGCCAACAAUUGUUCAGCUGAGGGAACAUUUCAAACCUCUGCACACGGACAACAGGGUAUCAUUUGUAGCAGGAGACUUCUUUAAAGAUGAUUUGCCAAAAGCAGACUUGUACAUCCUGGCAAGAGUUCUCCACGACUGCUCCGAUGAGAAUGUGCAUAUUCUGCUGAGUAAAAUCACAGAUGCAUGCACACCAGGCUGCGGGCUCCUGCUGAGUGAGAUCUUCCUGGAUGAAGACAGAAGUGGCCCUAGUUGUGGGCUGCUCCAGGCCCUCAGCAUGAGCGAGGGGAAACAGAGGAGCGCAACCGAAUACAGUCUGCUUUUGAAGAGCCAUGGCUUCAUAACGGCACAUGUCAGACAUACAGAAAACCUCCUGGAUGCUAUGCUCUGCAUCAAAGUGUGACGUACCAAAUAUCAGUUAAUGUUUAAGGUAUUGGACCAGAACAGAGAUAUGUUUGAUAAAUCAUUCUAUAAUUGUCUUGUGUUUUAAGGUCUUGACCAAUGUGUUUUGUUGGACCUGAGGAUGUACAGUGCUCAUAGUUGACACCAGUCUGUCAUGAUUGCGCAGACUGAGGGGAUAGAGAUCCAGUACUCAGACUUGGGAACUGGGAUUUAUUAUAGGUGUCUUCAUUUUUUAUUUUUGACCAUCCUUUUUUAAUCUAAACAUUAAGUAAAAAUCUUUCUGUGAUCUGUAUGCAGUUUCCUCAUUCCAAAAAGACUCACACUGUGGUCCACUGGAUGACGGCUGUGGCUGGAGAGUUCAUCCUGCCUCUUAAAAACUCUGAAGUGUCAUAUUAUGAUGAUGCAAUACGGAGGCAAUGGGAGAAAAAUGAGUAACGGAAGAAAUAACAAAUAUCUAACACAUGACUUCAUGUUUACAUCAACUUUAUAGGAGGCAGAUUUCCAGUGAUUAGAGAGCCAAGCCUUCUUCAAUGGAGUCAUGUCAGACCAUUCUCUGAAGUACAUGUGCAGCAUUCAUCUUGGUCUUGUAUGCACUAUUUAAACACAGCAUACAUUAUUGCCACAUUUGGUCUGUUUGAUCAUAAUUGCCCUUUUUUGUCAAAGAAUGAUCAAACUCCAAGCACCUAUUCUCUGACGCUAAUCUCUCCCAAAUUAAAGCUGCAGAGAAAAUACUUUGCUUGUCACUUCUUAACUUACAGUAGACGCAGCAAAGUGAUAUUUGAUACUUUUGAAAGUAACCCAAAUAUUUAUUUUGCAGUUAUAAGAAAUGGACAGUGCUGGAAAUAACUGCUGUGUCAGUAAAUCUCCUCAAGAUGGCAGCUCAGACCUGCAGAUCUCUUCUGAAUACUUGGAGAAACAAAGAGUUCCCUGUUUAAUUCUUUCCAGUGAAUGUGUGUAUGGAGAUGGUUUCCUCAUUAAGUGACAGUAAGCUUUUACUUCACGUUCAUUUCAACUUCAUGUUUCCAAGCUAGGGAAUUAAUGUGUGCAUUUUACUAGGGUAAGAAAUGUCCUAAACGCAUAGAAACAUAUUCCAGCAUCCCUUAAUUCCUCACAGAUAUACUGCAUGAAUUUUUAGAGCAUCCAAACAGCUGAUGGGAGUGUGGGAAUAUCUGUGGCCAGAAUAAAUAUCUCUUAUUCUUUUUGACUCUGAAA